UAUUUGUACUCACACGGACCAAACGCCAAGAACACCGUUAAGCAAACAGUCGGGAAACGGAUAUGAAGUCUCUCCACUGUGUUAGGGAGAAGGGGCAGCUGACAGUGCCAUCCGUGAUCUGAAUGGUCGAGAGUACCGCGGCCGGAGCCUCGUAGUUGAAGAGUCCAAAGGGAGGCCCCUCAAUUCCACCAAAGUAUUUGUUGGGAACCUGUGCGCUUCCUGUUCCGUCGAAGACCUGUAUGAUCUCUUCUCACCUUACGGCAAAGUUCUUGAUUGUGACAAAGUAAAGACAAAGCCCUCGUCUCUAACAGGCUACGCCUUUGUGUACAUGGAGCACAAAGAGGACGCAGAACAAGCCAUUGAGGGUCUACACGGGACCACGUUUAUGGGACGUCCGCUUGCAGUUGAGCUCUCAAAGGUACAGCAGUCCACAAACAAGGUUCCUUGUGCCAGCUGUGGUGCACAUGGUCACUUUGCAGGUGAAUGCCCGAUCAAUAGGCCACCAAUGGAGCACCACCAGAGUCAAGCUGCUGUUUUAGCAGCAGCAGCUGCUGCCGCUGCCGGGCUUCCCCUUCAGGUGCAGCAGAGUGUCCACAACUCUUUCUACAACACUGCAAGCAGUGACCCGACGUUUGCAGCUCUGAAAGACUUGACCACUUCCAGGGUUGAUGGCAAACCUGUGAGCUCCAUGGUGUAUGGUGCGCUGGCGAGUCAAGUCUAUAGUUCUGUCGCAGACCAGGUGAUUGGCUCAACCAGUCAGACUGCUGAAGGCUACCCGACUGAAGCAGAGGCUCCACCAGGCGUCGCUUAUGGAACAGAGCCUGACCCUCACACCCUCUUUGAAGCUGCCCGAGCCCGAUUCUUUGAGCAGGGACAACAAGUGCUGGCUGAACAGCAGGCAGUGACCAAAUCGGAUCGAGACAGAAGUCCAAUACGGCGCACAGCCCCAUUACUGCCUGAUCCAUCUCCUCAGCAAUUCUCCCAGGCACGACCUAAACGACGAGCCCUGCUUCCAACACCACCCGGAGGUCCAGAGCUACCUCCAGUUAAAAAUGGAGACCCAAUUGCAAGGUGCUAUGCUGAGUACUACCAACAGUACCAGCAGUACCAACAAUACCAACAGUACCAGCAGUAUCAUCAGUAUCAUCAAUACCAGUACAACUAUCCACCCCCUCCGCCUCCACCGCCUGCUCCGAUGCCCAUGAUGCCUCCAGGCCCGAUGGAUGUGCAACAGAUGAUGGCCCCCGGCACCAGCAUUCCACCAAGAGUGUAUGAGCCAACUCCAACACACAAGGAGCCCCUCCUACGCCGCCCUGAUUACCCUCACCAACACACAUCAGAGUCCCCAUAUCGAUAGCCCCAACACCUCACAUGAGUGCGUGCACGCGUGUGUGCUUGUGAAAAUGUGUGCGUGCGCUAGUUUUUGGUCCUACGUGACAAAAGGAGGAGGAAAGGGAUAAAUAGAAUUAUUAUUGCUACAUAAAACCUGGAUAUCGCAGUUACACAGUUAUCUUAUCCCCUCGUAAUGUCAGAUAUGCCAUUGUGUACAGAAUGUAGAAGUUUAUAAGGCCAUGAAAGUGAUUCUGAGCCCCUCUGUUUAAAUGUUGUUGUUUUUUCUCCACAGAGUGCUCAGAAUUAUUAUCAGCUGUCAUGUUUUAUAGAUCAGACACAUUUUUGACCAUCGUGUUGGGUCAAGCUUCUUCGAAGUCAAAUGACUGUGCCUUGUGAAAAUAAACCUUUUUUUGUGUACAGACUUUUGUAAAAUUAAGUACUUCAGAUCAGGUACAGUUUUAUUAAAUUCAUGCUUCAGCAAAGGAACAAACCUCAUAAAUCCAAAUUGUCAUGAGUAUAUUAAAUUCGGCUUGGACUAACGUUUCAUAGUGACUAAAAAGACAGCUUAGUUUAGAUCGAAUGUACAGAGGACCUGUGUGAAGUGUGUGUGUGAGAGAGUGAGUGAAAACACAUUGUCAAUAGUUCGGCUGAUCCCUUAGCAUUCACAAGAGCGUUCACAUGAACAAUCACAUACACCUUAGACCUAUUUUGUGAAGUCUUGAUAGGGUAAAGGGGAUAUUUGGGCACAUUUAGGUAAAUCUGUACCAGCCAAAUCCACAAACCUGUACUUAAAUUUUCUAACCACUGCCUCACUAGUGCAGAUGGUUACGCCUGCCCAGUAAAACUGUUAAAAUUGCCUGCUGCAGAGGAGUAGAGGGUAAGAAUAGGUUAAUUGCAAAAGGGACACACUUGUUUGCCACCCAGUAGACAUAUUAGUUAUCGAAUUGUUUUACAUUCACAUACCUUUAUUGACUCUGAAUGAGUUUGAGAUGUCGUUCUUGCUAAAUAGCAAACAGAACUGGUUCUAUAGUAUGCCAGUAGCAGUUAUGCAUGUUUUGCAGGAUCUAAAGAGCAAACGACUGCCAUCUCUGGCCUUGCAUCCCUCUCUUACAUGGACAGAAUACUUGGGGCUAUUGACUUACACAGGUAUGGGCGGUCACCCCUCGAAUGACCUUAAAGAAGAAAGUAUUUUUCUUUCGGUUAUUUUUUUGUUUAUUUCGAAAUCAGCCCCAUGCAGUUACUAUUAUGUUGCCCUGACCAUUUAUUUUGUUCACAUUUACAGUCAUCUUUAUCCUUUAGAGUAAUGUGAAUUGAUUUCUUGGGCUAUGGGGUGGUCAAGCUUAGUUAUUUAGGGAUGGGGAAUGUAAAACCUGAAGUGUAGUUAGUUAAUUCCAAGAGUGAAAAACCGUGAAGUGCUUCAUAAAAUUGUAUUUUUGUUCUUAAAAAAAACAAAUGUGUUGUCCCAGUUCAUGAGCAUUUUAGGCAAUUCAAUUAAACAUUCAUGUUAUGACAUUAUAAUCUCAAAGAGUGUGUGAAUAAUUCAUCCAGGUUAAAAGUCCAUGUAACUAGUGCCAGAUGUUUUAAUGUUUUAUGAAGGGAAUCUACCCAAAAACAGUCUCACCAUCUGUGAGGGAUGUUGCUUUGCUUAAAUUACAAAUGCAGAUGUUGUGACGGUUGAGUAGCUUCCCUUCGGAUAACCCAUGAGUGCUUAAUGAUUUAUUUUAGAAGGUAAAGAAAAUGGUUUGUUUAAUCAUGUUAUGUAUGUCCUCUUUUCCUAGAAUGCCCCUCAGGCAGUCUUCAGUCUUUCAUUCCAAAGAAAUAUGGUGGGGAACACACACACACACUCACACAUCUCACUUAGUACAUUUGACCCGUGGUCUCAUUCGACUUCAUUUGUUAACCUAAAGCUCACAGGCAAACAUUUACUGUAAUGUUUUCAAUUUGAUACAGUGGAGAUGGAAAGGCGGUGGCGGUGUAGCUUUUUGCAGCACACCGGGGCUCCACACAAAUUAUUCUACACUGUAAAUGACAUCUGUUUUGUAUUAUAAAUAGUGCAUGUGUCUUGUUAUUAUUACUGCUGUUCCAGCCACAUUUUCCCUUUUCGCUAACUACAGCUAAAAUGGUUCCCGGGCCUCAGGACGCCAAGUUGAGCAUGACGGGGGAAGACAAUUAGCGCCCCACAAUGCCUCGGACGUGCUCCCCACUAAGGUAAAGCCAUUUGCCCCCAACCACGCCUGCACCUCGAUUAUACACUUCCCUAUUUGAGAAGCUCAGAUCAGGCCCACACAUCUCUUAAUGCUAGCAGUACAGUCAACACAUUUAGGAUGGCUAUUCAUUCUGUGUGGUUGGAUCAGUGCCUAUUGAGGGGGAUUUUUUUUGCUCAUGAAAUGGAAUGCUCCAAUGGUUUUGGUAUCUAAAACUUGUUGGGUAAAAUAAACCAAUACACAUUGGGUUAUUUAUGGUAUACUAUUAAGUUUUAGUGCUUAGAUUUCUCACUGUAUGCUUUCAAGAUGAACUGGAAAUACAUUUCCAAGUGUUUUCUCAAGCAAUUAAGAGGGUAGAAUGGCUGACAUUUGCCUUGGCUUGUUCUCUGGCAUUUAGUCUUUUUGAAGCACUUCCAGUUGGCGAGAUGAGGCGAUCCAACUGUGUUUGAGUUCUUAAGAAGGGUGCAGAGCUGUAGGGCAAUGAUCUCGUAGGUGAGUAACCAAUGCGUGCAGCUCACAUCCACCUCAACUUUUUAAGCCUACCACCAUUUCAGUCACAUAGAUCUACUGCAACACUUUAAGUUCACAUGUUAGUACAAAUUGUUUUAUUUAAGAAGAAAACCAUCUGUUUUUCUGCCAAAUUGAGUAGACAAGAAACUUUUCCCUGUGUCUCUUUCAGGGUAAAGAUUGAGCAUGCUUUUGAAUGUUUUGCUGACAAAUUAUUUGAUCAGUUAAUAGUAGCGACAUUGUAAAUGUGUACAUUUUUGCUGAAUGUCUAAAGACUCUUGUUUAAUGUAAGCCUGCUCAGUCACUAUCUGUAAUUUCCAGAUUUUUUCUUAUUACGUUUGUGCAUUCUUUUAAAGAUAUAGUUCAUCCAAAAAUAAAAAUUUACUCACCCAUGUUCAAAGCCUGAGAAAAGACAUUUAGAAAAACUAAAUAGCUAAAACUAAAAAGCUAAGGGAACCCUUAGCUUUUGACUUCCUUUGUUGGAAAAAAACAAAGAAUAUGGAAGUCAUGUUUCAUAGCCAUGUUUCCAUCCAAAGAUGUAAAUUAGAUUGAGCAUUGUUCGCAUUCAAUGAGUCAAAGAGAACAAAAUCAUUGCUUCUGCUGCCAUGUAUAUAAAAAAGACAACUGAAAUUUACUGCAGUUGAGCCUUUUUCUCUUUAUAUAAUUACUUGCACCUCAGAGAAUGAAGAGGAAACGCAACAAAACCCACAGUAGGCAUAGGCCAUAUAAGAUUCUGGCAGUAUGAUAACCUUGGAUAAAAACAUCACUGUUUCACGGUAUUGCGAUUACUGCUCCAAAAUAAGUUUUUAUAAAAUGUCUGGGUUAAAAACAGCAAUUUUUUUUUUCCACCUUCAACAGAAUAUAUUUUAUUUUCAGGAACAUUUCAAAUAUUUUGGAUCAGUAAUUUUUAUGUAGAGGUUUAUUUUCUGCUGGAGAUACUGUAGCCCUGAAAAACUAAAUAAACUAGUAAUAAAAAAAACUUACAUAUACUUUAGCAACGGUAUAACAAAACGUUGAUGGUAUUAAAACGUUGACUUUUUCAAACUGGUAAACCUUAAAAACCAGUUAUCGUCCUAUGCCUAACCCACAGAUAUCUUUGCGAGUGCAGCCACUUCAGAUAGUUCUGGGAGGUAAUACCAAACCAUUCCAGGCCUGUAGCUGGGGGAGGGUUUGGAUGGUUCGAAAAACCCAGCCCUCAGUGACAAGGGUCCAGAAUUUGUCCCAUACAUCAGCUCAUUUGUCCUAUUUUGACUGCUAUGCCAUUAUGGUGAAAAUAAAGGCUUAAAGACCAAGCAGAAUUCUAUGUUGGCUCUCGGUUCAUUGUGACUUCAGCUAAUCAGUUUUGGCUAAUGCUAACAAAUUUUUUAUGAGUCCAGCAUCCAACUGUGUAAUCUGCUAUGACAGAAGUCAUCUUUUGCUACUGUACUGUUAAGAAAAGUAACUUAUUUUAAAUCUUGACAAAAAAAAAAAGCCCAAAAAGGUGUGAAGCAUCAAAAGCGUACCAUAUUAAAAUAGAUUUGAAUACUAUUUUGGCUAAAAUAGUCAGAAAGUGUGCUUAUGAUUACCAUCCGACAAGCUAAUUUGAAAUAGUGCUUAAAUUUAAGUAUUUAAAUUUAAGCAGUUAAAUAAAAAAUGAGGCGUUUAAUUGCAAAAAAGGUUCACUUUUUGAGAAAAAAAAAAAAACCUCCAAUUUCAUCAGGAAGGCUGGCUACAGUCCAGUGGUUCAGAUAAAAUGUUUAUCUGUUGUGUGCAUGCAUUUAUGCACAUUUUCAUGAUUUUUGUGCGUCUAGGGCACAGGUGUCAAAGCCAGUUCCUGGAGUGCUGAAGCUCUGCUCAGUUUAGUUGCAACACUAAUUAAACACCUGAUCAAACUAAUUGAGUCCUUCAGUCUUGUUUGAAACCUACAGGUAAGUGUGUUGAAGCAGGGUUGCAACUAAACUAUUCACGAACUGAAUUUGACACCGGUUCUAGAGUUUUCUUUAAGCGUUUUUUGCAAAAUGCUCAUAAAAUAGGAAGAUCGAAAAAAAAGCUAGUGGUCACCAUUUCUUACAUUCUUCAAAAUAUCUUUUGUGUUCAACAGGAGAAAAAAAUCUGUUAAGUGUUUGAAUUAUUGCUGGCAGAAUUUUACUUUUUGGAUGAACUGUUCUUUUAACCUUUAAUCUCUCAUUGAAGGUUUAGAGCUAAACACACUUUACAGUCAUGUUUUUGAUUUUUUUUUUAAUACUUUUACAACCUUCCAAUGACCUGAAGCUUCACCUCUCAUUCAGAGGUGCAUACACAGACUUGGACAAACUAUGAUUGUAGAUAAUCAAGGACUGAAAUACUCAGCGAUUCAGGGAAGUACCAUUUGAAUUUUUUUUCUAGGUCUGAAUGGGCAACUCAUUGUGGUUUAUGUAAUUGUCAAUGUCUGAGGGAUCUGAAUUUUAACGUUUUUUAUUUGCAAACUGGCUUUAGUGCCAUGAUCUUUGUAUUUUCUUGUAACUUCAAUAAACAAUGCUUAAAUCA